AAUCGCUAAUCGCUUAUUCAGGUGGGCGGGAGCAAACCACAACUCACCCAAAGUGGUCACCUGAAGAUGUCUGACAAUGCGGAGUCCCCAACAGAAACGCAAAAAGAGGAGUCACAACCACCGUCAGACGACUCGACGGCAAACGAUGAUAAGAAAAAAAUCGAUGUGCUGCUGAAGGCAGUGGGAGACACUCCUAUUAUGAAAACAAAGAAGUGGGCAGUAGACAGGGGGAGGACGGUACAGUCCCUGUCUCAGUUCAUCGCUCGCUUCCUCAAGCUUGAUGGCAGUGAACAGCUGUUCAUUUAUGUUAACCAGUCUUUUGCCCCUUCACCGGAUCAGGAGGUUGGGAUCCUCUUUGAUUGUUUUGGCAGCGAUAACAAGCUGGUUCUACAUUACUGUAAAUCUCAAGCCUGGGGUUAAACUGCUUUUCUUCAACUCCAUUUCUGACCUCCCCCUUUCUUAAAUUCUUCCUCCAAACAUGCACACACUGUUGUUUUUGCUUACUUGUUUUUCAGUUUUUCUGUACAUACAAAUUGUAAAUAAAUUAUUGUGACUUUAUAAA